UCAAUAUUAUUUGAGACGAAUGAAAACAAAAUAAAGAAGGAACAUUUGUGGAUGAUUAUUAACA